GAGAUAGACUUCCGGCUCUACCGGAAGGAACUUGGCCGACACGUGAGACCAUCAGUUAGAAAGAGCUGCAGACGAAAUUGGAACGUCUCGUUUCGGCGUUGUCAUGUUUCUCCAGUAUUAUCUCAACGAGCAGGGAGACCGGGUCUAUACGCUGAAGAAGCUUGACCCUAUGGGACAACAGACCUGCUCGGCGCAUCCUGCUCGGUUCUCCCCGGAUGACAAAUACUCUCGACACCGAAUCACCGUCAAGAAACGCUUCAAGGUGCUCAUGACCCAGCAACCGCGCCCUGUCCUCUGAGGGUCCCUUAAACUUCAUGUCUCUUCUGCUACCCCUCAGAGACUUUCUGAAACCAAGCUCUUCAAACUGUGAGCCUUGAAGCCUUCUUACCACCCUUGCUAUUUGGAAUCUGGUUUCAUCGUUUUCCUUGAUCGUGCUUGUGCAGAGCAGUCAUGGUAGCCUCCCUCUUAAGGGAGCAAGUUUGAAUUUUCUUUCCCUAUUUUGAAUCACUGCUAGGUUAUUAAAAUGAUUUGAAAAAGCUCUUA